AUGGCGCCAGAGGGGCGGGUGCUGCUGGUGGAGCACGACGGCUUCGCCGGCCCUCCGUACGAAGUGCGAGAGGCGGACGUGCGCGAGCUCUUCUCGCCCGCCUUUGCGGUGCGGCCGCUGCAGCGCGAGGACCGGAUGGGCGCGGAGCCGCACUGGAGGGAGCGAGGGUGCACACGCUUCGAGGAGGCGGCGUACCUCCUCACGCGCCAUCGAGCAGGGUAG